AUGGCAGACCUCUCUCUUCUUCUUCACCCAUCUACAUGGCCCCUCUACAUCUGGCUCUCUCUCGUCAUCGCCCUCCCAGCAGCCACAGCCCUUUACGAUGCAGUCACAUGGCUGCGCAUGCCCCCCGGCCCUCCGCCCCUCCCCUUCAUCGGCAACAAGCUCCAGCUCCCCAAGUCCAAGCCAUGGGUCCAGUUCCAGGCCUGGUCGCAGCGCUACGGCCCCAUCUUCACCAUCUGGAUCGGCCGGCGCCCGACGGUCAUCAUCUCGGACCCGAUCGUGGCCUCGGAGCUCAUGGAGAGCCGCAGCAGCAAGUACUCGUCGCGGCCCCGCAUGGUGGCCAUGGGCGAGCUGCUCUGGGACGGGGCGAGCAUCCUGGUGCAGCCGUACGGGAAAGAAUGGAGCGUGCGGAGGCGACUGCUGCACAUGGCCAUGACGCCCAAGGCGCUGCGGCUGUACAAGCCCGCGCAGGAGGCCGAGGCGAGCCGGCUGGUGUUCCGCCUGCUGGACCGGCCUGAGGAAUACGUCGGCCUGGUCGAGACCUUCACCUCGAGCGUGGUGUUCUGCGUCGCGUACGGGCACCGCAUCGACUCGCUGGGCGCCCAGGUCAUCGCCCAGCGCUUCGAGUUCAUGCAGUACUCGGCCUCGCUCAACGUGCCGGGGCGGUACCUCGUCGAGACCCUUCCCGCGCUCAAGUACAUUCCUGACUGGCUCGCGCCGUGGAAGGCCGAGAUCAAGGCGCACGGGCGACGCGAGGCCGUCGCCAACAUGGCGCUCAUGGACAUUGUGCGAGGCGACAUGGCGCGCGCCCGGGCCGAGGGCGCAGAGGCCAAGGUCCCGGACUCGCUGUGCAAGAUCCUGCUGGAGAUGCGCGAGAGGGCGGCCACGGGCGGAGAAGAGCCCAUCCCGCUGUCGGACCGCGACCUGGCCUUUGUCCCGGCGUCGCUGUUCGGUGCUGGGUCCGACACCACUGCGUCGACGCUGUGCUCGGCAUUCCUGGCUCUGGUCACGCACCAGGAGACCCUGCAGGCUGCGCACGAGGAGCUGGACCGCGUCGUGGGCGGGGGCCGCAGCCCUACGUUUGAGGACGAGGCGGCGCUGCCGUAUAUCCGGGCCUUUUGUAAGGAGGUGCUGCGGUGGCGGCCUGUUGCUGUGCUGGGCGGCACGCCUCACGCGUCGACGGAGGAUGAUGUCUAUGAGGGCUAUUACAUUCCUGCCGGCACGACUGUGCUGGGCAACUCUUGGGCCAUCAACCUGAACGAGGCGUAUUAUCCCAACCCGCACCACUUUAAUCCUCUGCGUUUCUUGGACGAGAACAUUGCCGCCAGGGCCAAGGGCGCAACCAUCGCAGGAGGAGUGCAAGAGAAGCAAGAUGUCGAGGUCGGCGGGAGGGCACACCCUUCCAAGAGCGGGCACUCGUCCUUUGGCUGGGGCCGCAGAAUCUGUCCCGGCGCGAACCUGGCCGCCAACUCGCUCUUCAUCGCGCUGGCCAAGCUGCUGUGGGCAUAUGAUAUCGGGCCUGUGCCUGGGACAAAGUAUGAUACCUUUGACUAUACCGAGGGCUUCAACAUCCGGCCGAAACCGUUUUCGUGUGUUGUUCGGGUGAGGAGUGAGCAGCAUCGGAGGGUUUUGGAGAGGGAGAAUGAGGAUGCCACGGCGUUUUUGGACAAGUUUACGCCGUUUGGAGAGUGA